AAAUGAAAGGAAAAAACUGCCUAUAUAAAGACAGAGACUUUCUGACUAAAACCACCAGAAGUUGACUGGACCGGCACACAGGAACUCCUGAUACUCAACGCAGAUUCCAAUAGACUUUGAAAAAGCUCAAGAAAUGUCUGGAAAAAAAUGGAUUCUCCUUGUCGCCGGCUCAAAGGACUGGGAAAAUUACAAACACCAGGCCAAUGUGUGCGGUUUAUAUCAGAUAAUUAAGAAACAUGGAAUUCCUGAUGAGCAGAUCGUGGUGAUGAUGUACGAUGACAUCGCUUACAAUCGCCAAAACCCAGCUAAUGGAGUCGUUGUCAGUGUAGUUGAUGAGUCAAACGUGUACCUCGGAGUUCCAAAGGACUACAUUGGAACGGAUCUGACCCCAGAGAAUUUCCUGACUGCUCUUCAAGGGCAAAACAAUGCAAGCAAAAAAGUCAUAAAAAGUGGAAGAGAUGACAACAUCUACAUCUACAUGAGUGGUCUAGGAAACCAAGGCACGUUUGAGUUUCCUGAGAAGCAACUUUAUCCUGCUGAUCUCAUUGGAGCGCUCAAGAGCAUGCAUGAUGGGGAAAAAUUUGCAAAGAUGGUGAUAUACAUGGACAGCAGUUAUUCUGGAACAAUGUUCAAAAACCUUCCCAAGGAUUUAAAUGUCUUUGCGUUGACUUCAUGUGAUGAAAAUAUCGAAAUCUGUCCCACUAAUUUCGAUGAAACCAGGGACGUCUUCCUCUCUGAUAAAUUCUCAUCUACUUGGUUGAAUUACCUUGAUAAGGCUGACUUUGAAACAGAAACAUUCCAUGAUCUGGUAAAGACUAAACAAUCUAAAUAUCUUAAAGAAAACCCUGCAGGACCCUGCCCCUGCCAGUUUGGAGACGCGGGAAUCACUAAUUGUCACCUCAGGGAUUUUCUGCAAAACUGAACACCCAACAAGCUGUUCAAAAAAAACAACCUGCUGAGGCUCAUGCAGAUGAUAAUAGUAAUUAAGAGUCUCCUGAUGAACUUUUGUGCUAGUUUCUUGUUCAGACUUAUAGCUUUAUGAUUAAAAUUAAAUUGAUUGCAAAAUAGCAAUCUGGUUUGGGGUUGAUUUUUUUUCUUCUUCUUAUAUUCUUUUCUUCUCAUAUUCUUAUGUUCACCAAGGCUGAAUUUGUUAGGUCAAAAAUAGAGCCUAAAACAGUAAUAUUGUGAAAAAAUAAAUAAAUAAAACUAGGAAAAAGGUUAAAAGUCCAGUGAUUGUGUGUUAUUUUAUUUAUGUGCAUGGAUUUGACAUAUUCAUUGGCUUACUGUGCAUUUAGGGUCUCUAUUUUAACAGUUUGCUCCCCAUUAAAAUUAAACCCAUGGCCUUGGCACUGCUACCAAGAUCAUGAUAUUUUAACUAGUCACAGUGAAUGUUGUCUGUGAGUUGAGUGACAGCCAUAUAAAGUGCUUCUUAUGGUCCAAGACACAAAUCACCUUAUUUUAGCGCCACCUACUGUCGGACAGAUAUGUGUCUAUGUGCCCGAGAUAAUGCACACAUGAUUUACAGACUCUAAAUGACACACACAUACACUAUUAAGGAGAAAAAACAAAGGGGGAAAAAAACAACGAAAGAACAAUGUGUCACAGCCAUCACUGACAGUAUCCACACCUGACAACAUCUGUGGGUUUAAGACAAAAAAUUGCUCAGUUGUUUUAAGAAAUUUGAGACGGGACGGGAACAAAACAUCAAAAACAAUACUGACCAGUCCCAUUUUAGUAACUGUAACAGACAAGCUUUUACUUUAGGAAGCAAAGUGGGAAAGAGAAAGGGGGACAGGAUAAGGAAAAGUCCACGAGCUUGGACUUGAACUCGGGUCGCACAACAGCACAAUAUGUCAGCGCGCUGCCUGACUUAAAAGAUGCUGAUUGAAUUCUGUGUGAGAAAGGAGCUUAACCAGCAUCAGUUCGAUAAAUAUU